UCCUCGUCCUCUGCCGUCAUGAUGACCUGCAGGAGUCCAUCCAGCCCCAUGAGGGGCAGCAACAUCCAGGAGCAGAGGGACCGCUGGGAAAAGAAACGCAGCAGAGUGGCCCGAGAGUUGGUGCAGACGGAGCAGCGCUACUGCCAACAGCUGGAGCUGGUCAUCACGUACUUUGUGGAGAUCUUGAAGGCCAAAGGAACCCUGAGGCAGGACAUUAGAGAAAGCAUCUUCAGUACAAUUAAAUCCAUUCAUUCAGUAAACCAGUCUCUGCUGGUUCAUUUGGAAAAUGGCUACAUCGGUCGAGGCUUUGAGCAGUUCUGUCCCCAUCUCCACUACUACAACACCUAUGUGGACAACUUCUACAAUGCCAGAAAAGUUCUUAGGGUCCAGCUAAAAAAAAAUAAGGCCUUCAGACAUUUUAAAAAACUACAGGAAGCGAGACCAGAGUUUAAUAACUGCACACUGGAGGAACUGCUGCAACUUCCACUCCAGCGGGUCGAGAGAUAUCAACAUUUCCUGCAGGACCUGACUGCCAACACGAGUCCUGACAACCCAGAAUUUCAACAGCUGUCAAGAGCGAUGUCAGCAGUUUGCGAUGUGUCCCAGCAUAUCCUGGACAACACCCGGUGCCAUGACAACCACCUGCAGCUUUGCCGGGUGCAGAAACUGCUGAAAGGGCGAAAAACGAAGGUGUUGGCUGCAGGCCGGUGGUACAUCCGUGAGGGCUGGCUGAAGGUUGUGCCUCCUAAAGGUGCAGAAGCUAAGCCCAAGAUGUUCUUCCUGUUCUCUGACAUGCUGCUACAAGCCAAGCGCUGCAGCGCGCUGCAUCCCACCAAUGGAGACAAGUUCACCGGCCAGCAUGCCUUCCCCCUGCAGGACUGCACUGUGGAGAAGGUGUUUGGCCACACCAGAAGCCAAGGAGGCCUGCUGAGUGUGAACUUCCCCAGAACCAAACUCUUACUGUUGUCCAACAACCAGGAGGACCUCAAUGACUGGUACCAGAACCUGAGCUCAGCUAUCAGAAAGCUGCAGUCGAAGCAGACGGUGGUCUAUCAGAGAGACGAGCUGUGCCGGCGGCCCCUUCGCUCAGCCCCUGUAGACCGCAGCCCGCCAAGAAACCCGCCAAGCAGCUCCAAGAAUCCCAGCAGGAAGAGGAACGUGGUGAGUGUGGAGACCAGCGUCGACACUCCGAUGCACCCGGCAGAGCCAGAGGAAAAGGCCCCAAAGAGACUGAAGCAGUCCGAGGACUUCGGGCGGAGCAGAGCCGAGGAUUCUGCUUCCAGCUGUCUCAUCCUCUGAUGGAUGUCUCCUUCCGGACAUUUGUCUCUGGUGACACAUUGUGUGUUUUUUAAAGAGUUUGUAUGAUUAUCUUCUGCUCAUCUGCCACAAAUGUAGAGCUAGUUUGCUACGCUGACCGCC